AUGAGCAGAGACGCCCUGUCAAAAGAGCAUCGCCAUAUGCUUACUGGCCACCUUAAGGAGACUGAUCCGGAGGUUGCUGAUAUUAUUGAGGAUGAAAUUGAUAGACAAAGACAUUCCAUCAAUCUUAUCGCCUCCGAAAAUUUUACAUCCACCUCCGUUUUCGAUGCUUUGGGAUCACCAAUGUGCAACAAAUAUUCUGAGGGUCUCCCAGGUAGAAGAUAUUAUGGUGGCAAUCAAAACAUAGAUCGUAUGGAGAUGCUAUGUCAAUCCCGUGCUUUGAAAGCAUUCAGAUUGGAUCCUGAUAAGUGGGGUGUGAAUGUGCAGGCACUUUCCGGAUCACCAGCUAAUCUGGAGGUUUAUGGUGCAGUGAUGAAGCCUCAUGAAAGAUUGAUGGGUCUUGAUCUCCCACAUGGUGGUCAUUUGUCUCACGGUUAUCAGACACCAACAAGGAAGAUUUCUGCUGUUUCUGUGUACUUUGAGACGAUGCCAUACAGAGUUGAUCUCAAGACGGAAAGAAUUGACUACGAUAUGUUAGAGAAGACUGCAAACCUGUUCAGACCAAAGGUCCUUGUUGCCGGUACAUCUGCUUACUGUCGUUUAAUUGACUACAAGAGGAUGAGAGAGAUUGCCGAUGAGGUUGGUGCCUACUUAAUGGUUGAUAUGGCACAUAUUUCUGGUCUCAUUGCUGCAGGUGUUAUUCCUUCCCCAUUUGAGUAUGCAGACAUUGUCACGACAACUACUCAUAAAUCUCUGAGGGGUCCAAGAGGUGCCAUGAUCUUCUUUAGAAAGGGGGUCAGGUCUGUGAAUCCAAAGACAGGAAAGGAGAUCUACUAUGACUUGGAGAGCCGCAUUAACUUUUCUGUUUUCCCAGGUCAUCAGGGUGGUCCACAUAAUCACACAAUUUCUGCCUUGUGUACGGCUCUGAAACAGGCGGCUACUCCAGAGUUUAAGGAGUACCAGUUGCAGGUUUUGAAGAAUGCAAAGUCUCUUGAGUAUGAGUUCAAAAAGUUGGGCUACCACCUAGUCUCUGGCGGUACUGAUUCUCAUAUGGUUCUUGUUUCUUUGAGGGAAAAGGGAAUAGAUGGUGCCAGAGUGGAGGCAGUUUGCGAAAAGAUUAACAUUGCUUUAAAUAAGAACUCCAUUCCUGGUGAUAGGUCGGCUAUGGUUCCUGGUGGUGUUAGAAUUGGUUCCCCAGCUAUGACAACUAGGGGUGCAAAUGAAGGGGACUUCAAGAGAAUCGUCGAUUACAUCGACAAAGCUGUGAAUUUUGCAAAGGAAUUGCAGAAUAAUCUUCCUGCAGAUGCUCAUAGGCUUAAGGACUUCAAGCGUAAGCUCUCAGAACCUUCCGAAGAGUUGGAGCAGUGGAGAAAGGAAAUAUACAAUUGGGCCGGCGAGUAUCCAUUAUCUGUUUAA